AUGGCCAGAAAAUCCAAAAAGAACAGUAAAAAGAUCGCCACCAAUGACAAAGCAGAAUUCACAAAAAUUUUAGAGGAAAGAAAAAAAAGCCAACAGCGGGCAUCUAAGAAUAAACAGAAAACUGAUAGUAAUAACAACUCCCAACUCUACGACAAAUUUAAAGAUUUAUUUCAAAAAUUUGAACAGCCAAAGAAUAUAUCAGAAAAUACAACUACUAUUUCUCAAGAUGCCCCAACUUUCGAGUCUAAUAAAAAAAGAAAAAUUAUAGAGGAUUCUAAUGCUAUAACCGAACCUACACAAGAUCUUAAAAUUGUAUCAGUAGAAGAAGAAGACAAUAACUCAAGACCUUCUAAACGGAAACUUCGCAAACUUACAAAGCCAACUUUAGCAGAGCUUAAAGGCAUUUCUAACUAUCCAGAAAAUAUUGAGUGGUUUGAUUGCGAUGCCCCAUACCCAUAUUUACUUGCAGGAAUUAAAACAUCUAAAAAUAUAAUACCAAUACCGCCAAGUUGGCAACAGAAAAGAGGAUAUCUAUCGGGACGUUCACUCUUAAAUAAAAGACCUUUCCAAUUACCUUCUAUAAUCAGAGAAACAGGUAUUGAGGAAAUGAGAAAAAUAUCUCUGGGUGAGGACAUAAGUAAUGAGAAAUCCCUAAAAGAAAUUACCAGAUCGAGAGUUCAACCUAAAACAGAUACAUUCGACUUGGAUUACAAAAAGUUAUACGAUGUAUUCUUCAAGAUAGGUAAAAAUUGGAAACCCUCUACCUUAUUACCCUUUGGUGAUCUAUAUUUUGAAAAUCGGAACCUAGUUGAAGAUGCAGAGUGGAAAUCUAAAACCAAAGACUUGGGUCCAGGUAAGUUAAGUUCAAGAAUGCGUAAUAUCAUAGGCUUAAAAGCGGGCCAACUUCCUCCUUGGAUUCAUAAGAUGAAAGAGCUUGGCCUACCGCCGAGUUAUCCAAGUUUAAAAAUUGUAGGAUUAAAUUGGGAUAUUAGUGAUUUGGUAGAUGGUAUAUAUGGUACUUUAGAAGAUACAUCUAGCGGCAACUCUAUAGAAUCAGGGUAUUUUGGAGAAAUGAUUAAUUUUGAACACGAUAGUGAACCAAAAAAAGAAUACAACUUUAAUAGUCAAAAUAAUACUACAAACGGCAAGAAAGAAACAGAUAUAUCUUUGACGGAAGUAGAUAUGCAAGAUUCUUCUGAUACAGGCAUAAUAAAAUCACAGAAUAUCAAUGAUGAUGGGAAGGAUAAACAAUUGUACAGAAUUUUAAAGGAAAAUACCGAAUCUUCAGAUUCGAUUGACAGAAUCUCAACCUCUAAAAUAUACAAUUUAAUUUCUGAUUCCAAUAAGAGUUCAUCAUCAAGCUUUCCCAGUGGGAAUCCAAAAACAAACUCAGAAUCGGAGAAAGAGGAAGAUUCAAAAUACAGACAGAAUUUCAAAUUUUAA